GUCUUAAUUAAAAGAAGAAAAAAAUACAAAAAAAUAAAAAUAAAAAUAAAAAUAGGAUUAGCAAAGAACGUACACAAUAAACAAAUUGUCUUAGCCUCUUUUGCUCUCUGCCUUGGCUUGAACCUAAGGCAGAGAUCAGCUCUCUGCCUAAGGUGGUGCACUGCAUGAAAGCAUGGCGUUUCAGGAUUUCGAUCACAUUUCAGAACGCCGUAGAAAUGAAAGGAAACAAAAGGAGAGAAAGAGGAUUCUAAUUAUUUCAGUUUCAGUCGUCGUCCUCCUCCUCAUCGCCGCUUCUGCUGCAGCUGUUGUUGUCAAUAAAAACCAAAAGGAAUCAUCCCAUUCUUCAGAAUCUGACAACCCUUCUUCUUCAUCUUCAUCUUCUUCUUCUUCAUCUUCUUCUUCUUCUUCUGAUUCCGUAAAACAGGUAUCAAAAUCUCAAAAGGCAGUGAAAACAAUUUGUGCACAUACAGAUCACACAAAAACAUGUGAGGACAGCCUCUCACAAGAAGUGGCUUCCAGUGCCUCUGCAUUCGAACCCAAAGACUUUAUGAAGGCUGCAGUCUCUGUGGUGGCGCAUUCGCUCAAUAAGGCCAUGGAUCAAAGCUCCAAAUUGAAAGCCAACACGCCCGAAGAGAAAGAGGCAUACGAAGAUUGUAUGACGCUCCUGAAAGAUGCCACUGAAGAAUUGAAUAGUUCGGUUUCAAGUGCCGGUGUCAAUAAUAUAAAGACGAUCUUGUCAAAUGCUCCUGAAUUGAACAAUUGGCUUAGUGCUGUGAUGUCUUACCAAGCGACAUGUAUUGGUGAGUUUCCUGAUGGAGAAUUGAAGUCUGAAUUGGAAAAGACCUUGACCAAUACAACUAAACACACCAGCAAUGCUCUUGCCAUUGUCUCAGAAUUGUCUGCUAUUCUCGAGACAUUCAAUACACCCGGAAAUCACCGGCAUCUUCUGGCAUCAGGGUCGAGCAUGCCUUCUCUCGAUGAGGACCGCCUUCCUACGUGGAUGACUGCUGAGGAUCGGAGGAUUCUCAAGGAACGUGCCAAGGAACCCCAUCAAGAUGACCCCACUCCCAAUGUGGUGGUUGCAAAAGAUGGUAGCGGAAAAUUCAAUUCCAUUAAUGAUGCAUUGGCUGCAAUGCCAGAAAAUUUCCAAGGAAGGUAUGUCAUAUACAUUAAAGAAGGAAUUUAUGAUGAGCAAGUGACAGUGACCAAAAAGAUGGAAAAUGUUACCAUGUAUGGUGAUGGAUCCCAAAAGACAAUCGUCUCAGGGAACAAAAAUCCCGGAGAUGGAGUUGGUUUUCUUCAGACUGCAACUUUUGUGGCAAUUGGAAAAGGUUUCAUGGCGAAAUCAAUGGGAUUCAGGAACACUGCUGGUCCGGAUAAGAAGCAUGGAGUGGCCUUAAGAGUGCAGUCGGACCAUGCAAUUUUCCAGAAUUGCCGUAUGGAGGGGUACCAGCACACCCUGUAUGCCCAAACGCAUCGGCAAUACUACCGUAGCUGUCUCAUCAUUGGAAGUGUGGACUUCAUUUUUGGCGAUGCCGCGGCUAUCUUCCAGAACUGCAUUAUCCAUGUCAGGAAGGCUCAGGACAACCAGGAAAGCACAAUUACGGCCCAGGAAAGAGCUGACAAGCGUGAGACCACUGCAAUUGUUCUGCACAACUCUCGCAUUGUACCAGACGACGAGUCUGGGGCAGACAAGACAGACUUCAAGAGCUACCUCGGGAGGCCAGGGAAGGAAUGUGCAAGAACCAUUGUCAUGGAAUCGGAUCUUGGUGGUUUGAUUGAUCGUAAGGGAUGGCAAUCCGAGGGUGACUUUGCUAUCAAAACAGCGUAUUUCGCCGAGUUUAGCAAUAAAGGGGCAGGGGCAGACGUUAAAGGCAGAGUGAAAUGGCCUGGUUACAAGGUCAUUGACAAGAAAGAGGCUGAAAAAUAUACAGUAGGUGCUUUCAUACAAGGAGAUUCUUGGUUGAACCAGGCAGGUGUUCCUGUUCAUUCCGGACUUUUAAACUGAUCAAUUAACCUCGUUUGAUGUCAACAUGGUCAAAUGUUUGAUAAACUAACAUUCAGAUUGAGAGAUUUUUCAUGGAAACAGAGUGGUUUCACUCAUUCUCAAAAUGGUUUCAUUGGGUUUGAAAUUGGAG